AUGGCAACAGAUACGUAAAAAAGUCAGCAGGACAACACACAGCAAGUGAAGUGGAAAGCGGCUCCUGUUCUGCUCCCUUUUGAACGAGCUGCAUCACACAGAAGAGAAAGUUAGUCAGGAUCCUGCGAGUCUCGUGCACUUCACAAAAGCUCUUAUUUUGUCUCUUUAUGCCGGUGAGUUGACGUUGUCUGGACCAGAAGGUGCUGUGGAGGUGCAAGACGCACAUUUUGCUCUUGUAUCCAGGCGGGUAAGGUCUAACUCAUGACGGCAGAGAUCCAGCAGCCCCAAGCGCAGACUCCUGCCCAGAGCAGCCCCAUGUCUGCUCCGGACAAGGCGCACGGACAGACCGCGGUGAUGGAAACCGCCUCCUCCACCACGAAAGCCAAAAAGACAAACGCAGGCAUCCGUCGACCGGAGAAACCUCCUUACUCCUACAUCGCCCUCAUAGUCAUGGCCAUCCAGAGCUCUCCCACCAAGCGACUCACGCUAAGUGAAAUCUACCAGUUCCUGCAGAGCCGCUUCCCCUUCUUCAGGGGCUCCUACCAGGGGUGGAAAAACUCAGUGCGCCACAAUUUAUCCCUUAACGAGUGCUUCAUCAAGCUGCCCAAGGGUCUGGGUCGACCAGGGAAGGGCCACUACUGGACUAUCGACCCGGCGAGUGAGUUCAUGUUCGAGGAGGGCUCCUUUAGGAGGAGACCCAGAGGCUUCAGGCGCAAGUGCCAAGCGCUGAAGCCCAUGUACAGCAUGAUGAACGGCUUGGGCUUCAACCACAUCCCAGACUCAUAUAACUUCCAGGGGAGCGGAGGGGGGCUAUCGUGUCCGCCUAAUAGCUUGUCUCUGGACAGCGGGAUCGGGAUGAUGAACGGACACCUGGCGGGAAACAUGGAGAGCAUGGCUCUCUCCGGCCAUUCAAUGACGCACUUGUCGGCCAAUAGUGGACACUCGUACAUGGGGAGCUGCACUGCACCCACCCCUGGUGGAGAUUACCCCCAUCACGACAACUCCGCCUCGCCUCUGCUCACCAGCGGUGGGGUGAUGGAGCCGCACCCGGUCUACUCCAGCCCGGCCUCGGCGUGGGCUCCAUCUCCGGCCUCGGCCACUCUGAACAACGGAGCUUCUUACAUCAAGCAACAGCCACUCUCUCCGUGCAACCCCGGAGCCAACCCGCUGCAGCCCAGCCUGCCCACACACUCGUUGGAGCAGCCUUACCUGCACCAGAACAGCCACACGACUACAGACUUACAAGGCAUCCCUCGGUACCAUUCCCAGUCCCCCAGCAUGUGUGACCGGAAAGAGUUCGUCUUCUCCUUCAACGCCAUGACGUCCUCGGCCAUGCACUCGCCAAGCAGCGGCUCCUACUACCACCACCAUCAGCAGGUCUCCUACCAGGACAUCAAGCCGUGCGUCAUGUGAUGCUACGGCGUGGCCCACAAGCAAGCUCGGUUCGGCUCAGCUGCAACGAGAAGGAAGAGGAAUCCACUGAGGGACGUGAAGGCCUCAAAAAAAGAGCGCGGACUACUUUUUUCCUCUUCCACUCCUCUCCACCACUUCCACCUCUCUCACACACAUAUCGACAAGAGCAACGGUGAUGAUGAUAACAAUAAUAAUAAUAUAUAAUAAUACAAACUUUUACUUGUCGUCAUCAUGGAGCAGCAGGGUAAAAGAACUCUGCUGAUGUUUGGUACUAAGUCCUGCAGCGCGGAUGACUACCACUCACACCUUUUUGUCCAGCUUUUAUUAUUUUUCUUCCAUCAUGUAAAAAUGCACAAGUCUGAUUUUCUGUUUUUACGUUACUUUUGCAUAUUACACUCUUUUUUUCUGGACUACCAGUGACAUGAACAAUUGUGGACAUUUCAUUUAUAUGUCCAUUAUACUGUAUACAAAUGAUUAAGGCACUUUUUGAAUAGCCUAUAAGCGCAACUUACUAUUUAUUCUAAAAGCCUGCAUUUUUUUUAAAUUUCAGGCGAAUUGGCCAAGGAGGUGUUAUGCUUUAUUGGCAAUAUUUGUCAGGACGCUUGUUAUUUGUUUUUAAAUGAAAGUGGAGGAUAUAAUGUAAGCACCGUUUAUGUCGUUAGGUUAGACCAUUCAUGUCAGCACUGUGUAUUAUUCUAUACUGUUGGAGAAUUUAGCGAGGGCCAUCUUUAUUACAAUUUGUAAAAAAAUAAAUAAAAAUACAUCUGUUGGGCUUUUGACGCCUAAAUUCUCAAAAAGGAGAUGUUUAAAUGUUGUCAAUCAAACACUUGAACAAAUUAAAACUCCAGGUGACAGAGUCUAAUUUAUCUGAGCAUAUUUUUGCUUAUUUGACAGAAAGGCAAAGGAAUUGAUUAAGUAAUUAAAGUAAUUAGAUGCACCGUAGUAACAGUGGAAUUUCUUGGAUAGAUCUCAAAAUCAUCCCAGACAAUAUUUUACUUGUCAAAAGCAUCAAACCAUACAAAUACAAAUACAAACCAAAUACAAACCAAAGCCAUACAAACCAAAUAUUAAAAAAGGCUUUAAAAUGUAUUGCAAUAAAAAACUAGUCCAUAAAUACAAAGUUUAAUUGAUGCAAAAUGGCUAAUUCAUUUGCUGCCCGAAUGAAAUCCUUUUCAAAAUAAGCAAUACUGUUGCCUAAUUUACUACGGAUGACAAAAAUAAAAUGUGUACUUUUUAAAAAACUAUACACGAAAUUCAAUUAUGCACAGGCAUAACUAUAUUUGCAUGCUUUACACACCAGCCAUAACAUUAGGCACACCUGCACAAUCUAAAGUGAACCAGUAGGAGCAUGCAUGCAUCAAAAACAAAUAUACUAAUGCGUAUAAUAACAUUAUAUGUUGUGGCUGACGCUGAAAAAGGUAUACAUGAUAUAAUAAACAAACGAUUUACACUCAAAACGGUUCAACCUACUCUCUACAUGACAUUCAUUAAAAGUGUCGCUUGAAAAAAUAGUGGCCGUUUGCAAGAUGGUGACCUGUUCAAUUGGUUUUAUUUUCUUGUUCAAGUGUAAAAGCUUCACAAAAAAGCACAAUUUACAAUAUGGGUUGAAUCAUUUCGGCUGUAUAACAGUACUGCAACUGAGUGGGGAGUAUUUCUCAUAUUUUCACGUAGAUAAAGUACACAAAAUAUUAUUCUAAUGCUAAAGUCAUACACCUGGACAGUAUUGUUUUUUUAUAAGGCUAAAAUUCAGAGCUUGUGCAACUCUUGGCUGUGAUAAGAUUUGUGCAGGCAGGUGUACCUAUGUUGGGGCAACAAAUUGAACUGAAAUGCAGGUUGACUCCAUACAUACAACAUAAAGAAUAAUUGAAAGCGAUAAG